CCAAAUAAUUUUCAUUUCAUUUUCCCUCGUGCCAUCUCCUCCCGGCCUCCCGCUCGUCCUCAACCUCACUUCCCCCGCUUCUCCCGCCACGGCGGAGCCAGCCAGCCACCUCGAAGCAUCCACCACCGGUUCCCCACGAUGCAGCCGCGGCGGCAGCAGCAGUCCAUCCUCUCAUUCCUCCAGCCGCGCCGGAGCCCCGCGGGGGAGGAUGCGCUCGGCGCCGGCACCGACACCGGCACGCCCCCCGAGAGGCCCCCGCGGCCUCCCGCCGCGUCGGUCGACGGCAUCAUGGAACGGCUCGUGCGUCCGCCGUCGCAGGGGAGAAACAAAGAUGUGUCCCAGGUUAAACAUGUUGAGAUAUCCUUACCUGUCAAAAGUCAAGAUCCCUCACAUGAGUGCCCAAGCGCAUUAUUCUCAGGACCAUACAAAGGCAAAUAUAGCAGAGAAACUACCUUGGAAACUACGCUAUUUGCAGAACAUGGUACGAAUAGCAUUCCUCUGCAGGAACCCUUGAAGUACUCCAUGAGAUCUUCGACAGAUGAAUUUGUUAGAGCAUGCACACUGUUCCCAGAACAUGGUUCAGAUCAAACUCUUCAGGAGUAUCCGAAGAAGUUUUCCUCAGAGUCUCCCAAUAAUAAGUACAUUCAAGCUACUUCAAUAUUUGAAGAAUUUGAUGUACAAACUCCUUCCCAGAAUCCCUUAAAGAGAAUCUUCUCUGGACCUUCUCAUGGAGCAGAUACACCUUUAUCAGAGUAUGGUUCAGAUCAAACUCUUUUGCAGCAUCCAUCGAAGAAGUUACCAUUAGUCUCUUCUAGUGGUGAAUAUGUCAGAGCAGCAACACUGUUUGGACUUGAUUCGAAUGAUACUCAUACACCAAAACACGCAAAGAAGCUAUUCUCUAGGUCUUCAGAGCCUUCAUACAUUAAAGGAACAAAUUUGUUUGCUGAAUUUGAUUCCCAUGGAACUCCACUACAGAAUCACUCAAAACAUUCCUCUGUAUUUAUGAAUGGUAAACAUAAUGGAGCACCUGCUACACUAUUUCCAGAACUUGAUUCUUUUUCUCUGAAACCAGAAAUGCCAAUGACACGAGCAGUGACUCCUCGUGCAAAGCGAGUUCAACAGGAUCAAUGUGUGACUACCAAAAACCAACACCCUCCUUUGUGGGGUUCAAACAAGAAGGUGAAAUCAGCUCAUUGUUCUCCAGCCAAGAAGAUGGUUCAUGAUGAAAUGGCUGAAAUUGCACGUAGUAAGUUUGAAUGGCUGAACCCUUUGAAUAUCAGGGAUGGAAAUAAAAGGCGGCCAGAGGACCCACUUUAUGACAAGAGAACGCUCUUUAUUCCACCUGAUGCACUGAGAAAGAUGUCAACAUCUCAAAAGCAAUACUGGACUACUAAAUGCAAAUAUAUGGAUGUGGUCCUCUUUUUCAAAGUGGGAAAAUUUUAUGAACUCUAUGAAGUAGAUGCUGAGAUCGGCCAAAAGGAACUUGACUGGAAAAUGACUAUCAGUGGGGUGGGCAAAUGCCGACAGGUUGGUAUUUCAGAGAGUGGGAUAGAUGAUGCUGUUGAAAAGCUUUUAGCUCGGGGAUAUAAAGUUGGAAGGAUAGAACAAAUGGAAUCUGCAGUACAAGCGAAAGCUAGAGGACCAAAUUCACGUAUUGACAGGAAGUUGGUUAAUGUAUCCACGCCAUCAACUGCAGCUGACAGCAACAUAGGGGCUGAUGCUGUUCACCUUCUUGCAUUGAAAGAGGUUACUCUAGCUUCUAAUGGUUCUCGGGUCUAUGGAUUUGCUUUUCUAGAUUACGCCGCUCUUAAAAUUUGGGUGGGUUCACUCCAUGAUGAUGAUUCGUCUGCGGCUUUGGGGGCUUUGCUGGUGCAGGUUUCUCCAAGGGAGAUAAUCUAUGAAUCCUCAGGUCUCUCAAGAGAAAGUCAUAAAUGUAUGACAAAAUAUGCAUCAGCCGGCUCUGUGAAAAUGCAACUGACCCCACUAUCCAGGACAGAUUUCUCUGAUUCUUCACAAAUUCGAAUGUCAGUACAUUCCAAAGGAUACUUUAAAGCAUCAACAGAUUCUUGGUUAUCUGCAUUAGAUUAUUCAAUGAAUCAAGAUGCAGUUAUUUGUGCACUUGGUGGACUUAUUGGCCACUUGACUAGACUUAUGCUAGAUGAUGCUCUAAAAAAUGGGGAAGUCUUACCUUACAAGGUGUACCAAACUUGUCUAAGGAUGGAUGGUCAGACUCUUGUGAACCUUGAGAUUUUCAGCAACAAUUUUGAUGGUGGCUCAUCAGGUACUCUGUACAAGCACCUCAAUCACUGCAUAACUGCAUCUGGUAAGCGGCUUCUAAGAAGAUGGAUAUGCCAUCCACUAAAGGAUGUCGAUGCUAUAAAUAGCAGGCUCGACAUUGUUGAGGGUUUCAUUCAAAAUUGUGGGGUAGGCUCUAUUACACUUGAGUAUCUCCGUAAAAUUCCUGACCUUGAGAGGUUGCUUGGACGAGUUAGAUCCACUGUUGGAUUAACAUCUGAUGUUAUGUUGCCCUUUGUUGGAGAAAGGAUGCUAAAGAGACGGAUUAAAACGUUUGGCAUGCUUAUCAAGGGACUUCGGGUUGGAAUUGACUUGUUAAGUAUCUUACAAAGAGAGGACCAUGGUAUCUCAGCACUGUCAAAGUCAGUGGAUAUUCCAACACUGAGCUCUCUUGGUGAAUUAAUUCAUCAAUUUGAAGAGGCUAUAGACAAUGACUUUCCACGGUACCAGGAUCACGAUAUCAAAGAUGAUGAUGCUAACACCUUAGCUAUUCUAGUGGAACUUUUUGUUGGAAAGGCUUCUGAAUGGUCUUUCGUGAUCAAUGCCAUCAGCAAUAUUGAUGUCCUUAGGUCCUUCGGAGCAAUGGCAUUGUCAUCAUUCGGCACCAUGUGUAGACCACAGAUUCUGUUGAAAGACAAAGUACCUAUACUUCGGAUGAAGGGUCUAUGGCAUCCAUAUGCUUUUGCAGAAAGUACAACUGGGCUUGUACCAAACGAUUUAUCUCUUGGUCAGGAUUUAUCUGGUGAUAAUCGCUUUGCUUUGUUGUUGACUGGCCCUAAUAUGGGAGGGAAAUCUACAAUAAUGCGUGCCACCUGCUUGGCUGUUGUACUUGCCCAGCUUGGCUGUUAUGUCCCCUGCACAUCAUGUGAAUUGACCCUUGCUGACUCCAUCUUUACAAGGCUUGGUGCAAUAGAUCGGAUUAUGUCUGGAGAAAGUACUUUUCUUGUCGAAUGUACUGAGACUGCAUCUGUUCUCCAGAAUGCAACUGAGGAUUCUCUUGUCUUGCUUGAUGAGCUUGGCAGAGGAACUAGCACAUUUGAUGGAUAUGCCAUUGCAUAUGCUGUAUUCCGCCACCUCGUGGAACGGGUGCGAUGCCGUCUGCUCUUCGCCACACACUACCGCCCACUGACAAAGGAGUUCGCUUCCCACCCCCACGUGAUCCUCCAGCAUAUGGCCUGCAUGCUCAGGCCAAAAAGCGGCAGCAACGGUGACAAGGAGAUCACCUUCCUCUACCGGCUCACAGCAGGCGCCUCCCCGGAGAGCUACGGCCUGCAGGUCGCCACAAUGGCAGGGCUCCCUAAGUCCAUUGUGGAGAAAGCCUCGGUCGCGGGCCAGAUGAUGAAGUCGAAGCUCACCAGGAACUUCAAGUCGAGCGAAGGGCGAGCUGAGUUCUCCACCAUCCACGAGGAAUGGCUGAGGACGAUCCUAGCGAUUGGUGGUGUCAAGGACGCGCACCUGGAUGAGGAUACCAUGGACACGAUGUUCUGCAUCUCCCAUGAGCUAAAGGCUCACUUCAGGAAAGGAGGAAGAUGAGCUUAGCACUUAGCUAGUUGCCACUAACCGCUGUUUAUUGGUGUUUAAAUCCAGUUCAGUACCACGCCUUUAUUUGCAAAUCUUUGGCGUCAGUAGAUGUAGUCUGCAGAUUUUUUUAUGGCAUGUGUCUUCUACCGUCAACAGUUGACUGUCUCACUGUCUUGUAUAUGUCUUGUGUUUAUAAUUAUGCAACCCCACUUUGGCCCUGGUAAAUUCCUCUCUUUGUCUCAA